AUCCUGACCCUGGAGAAAAAAAAGCAGCUCCUGAGCAAUUCCUAAAGCCACCUGACGUAACUGCUGUUAGCAAGAAGAACAUCAGUCCCUGUGAGAGGACUGGAGCAGCUGUGAGGAAAAGAUCCCAUGGAAGUCCUAGCCUCAGGAAAAGCCCCCUCGUCACCACUCCGCAAGCCAAGCGUCGUUCUUGGUGUCGUUCGAGCCUGAAGGGGACAAAACGCCGAAAAUCUCUGCCUCCUGUUCACCAAGAUAUCACUGAAUUAAGCAAAUCAAUUAGCCUGGAUCUGCCAGAGACAGACCGGCUUUCUGUGCUGUUGUUAUCCAGUUUCCAGUUUUCUGCACAGAAGCUCGAACACAUCUUGAAGCAGACUGACGGCUUUAGCCCUGAGGCUUUCAAAGCUAACGUGCACUCGGUUUCAGAAGACCUGAAGCGAUACAUGCAGAAGUUGAAACGAGACGGAACACUAAAGAGCUGCGUGGAAGACCCUAAAGGGGUUUUACUGGACUCUGCUUUGGAUGAGUCGGUGGCCCAAGUUAAGGAGUACAUGGCCAGGUUUGCUGCCGAAUGUCAGUCCUGGGAUCAGCUCUUGCUGCGCUACAAAGAAGGUGCUGAAGAAAUGUCCAGGCAGCUGGAGGAAUGCAGGAGGAACCAAGGACAGGCAGAGCCUCCGAAUUACCUCCAGACAUCUCAGGCCCAAGUCCUCUGCAGCAAACCCAAUUACCAGAAGGUCCUGGAUGACCAGGGGGAGGUCUUGAGCUGUAUGGAGCUUGUGCUCGACGAACUGCAGCAGGCGGUGAAGCUGCUGGAGGCCUUCAGCGAGGACAGCCGGCAGUACCUCCGGGGCCUGUCGGAGCAGCUCGCCACGAGGACCUUCCGGCGGCUGGAGAACUCGCCUGUGCGCAAGCUGAUCACU